AUUGCAGUGUAGCGUUAAAACCGCCUUUUGCUGUAUAUUUUUGAUCUCGAAAUUUGGGGGAAUAAUAUCGAUGCCAAUCUUGUUUGAUAAAUUAAAAUAAGUGAUUGACAUUGAAACCUUCCUCAAUCCUUUGACUCUGGUGUUUAGAAGGCGAUGAUGCAAGAGAUGGAUACUGAAAAUACACAAAACGCUGCUGAAUCUACCGAGAAGACAAGUGAAAUUGUGCAAAAAAACAAGUUAAGCUACUCAAUUGAAGAAAAUCCACCAUGGCAUCUCUCAAUACUUCUUGGUUUUCAGCAUUAUUUGACUAUGUUUGGCUCCAACAUCACCAUCCCGUUGGUACUAGCCAUGCCAUUGUGCAUUAAUGAUGACGUCGUCAAAGGGAAACUUAUCAGUACGAUUUUCUUCAUGAGUGGAGUUGCAACCUUGCUCCAGACUAUACUUGGUAACAGAUUACCCAUUGUUCAAGGAGGAACAUUCUCAUAUUUAGUUCCAGCAUUUUCAAUUUUAUCCUUGCCAGAGUUUACUUGCCCAUCUGGUUUCAAAGAAAAUCCGUCGAACAGUACUUUUAAUGGAAUUUGGAAAAAACGCAUGCUUGAGCUUCAGGGAGCAGUAAUGGUGUCAUCUCUGUUCCAAAUAUUCAUUGGCUUCAGCGGGUUGAUGGGUCUCAUGUUACGUUUUAUUGGACCUUUGACUGUAGCUCCUACCAUUAGUCUUGUUGGAUUGUCCUUGUAUGGAGCAAGUUCUGAUUUCGCAGGAACUCACUGGGGAAUAGCAUCGUUAACAAUUGGUGUGAUGGUAAUAUGCUCACUAUUUCUGGCCGAAAUUCAAGUACCAUUACCUUGCUAUUCAAGGACAAGUGGUUUCUUCCGACAAAAACUACGGAUUUUCAAAUUAUUUCCAGUGGUGAUUGCAAUUGCUACGGCCUGGAUAUUCUGUCUCAUUCUUACAGCAGCAGGGACAUUUGACAAAAGUUCUAAAGCUAGAACAGAUGCUCGUUCUUCAGUCUUAUCUGAUUCACCUUGGUUUAGAAUACCCUAUCCAGGUCAGUGGGGUACACCAACCGUCAGUGUUGCCAGUGUUUUUGGAAUGCUUGCUGGUGUUCUUGCAGGUAUUGUUGAGUCGGUAGGUGAUUACUACGCAUGCGCAAAUCUAUGCGGUGCUCCACCUCCCCCAGAACACGCGGUAAACAGGGGGAUUGGUGUUGAAGGAUUGGGUUGCUUGUUUGCUGGUUCUAUUGGGACAGGAAAUGGAACUACCUCGUUUAGUGAAAACGUUGGUGCAAUUGGGAUUACCAGGGUCGGUAGUCGUCGUGUGGUACAGAUUGGAGCUGUAUGUAUGAUUGUACUCGGCAUCCUAGGAAAGUUUGGUGCGUUAUUUUCUACCAUCCCUGAUCCUGUUGUCGGUGGUAUUUUUUGUUGUAUGUUUGGUAUGAUUACAGCUGUCGGGAUUUCAAAUCUUCAAUAUGUUGAUUUAAACUCCGUACGAAAUUUGUUUAUCAUCGGCUUUGCUUUUAUCAUGGGUUUUGCAGUGCCAGAUUAUUUCAACAAAAAUCCGGAUGCAAUUAAAACAGGUGUCGUUGAAAUUGAUCAGAUUCUUACAGUUCUUCUAAAGACUAGUAUGGCAGUUGGUGGGAUAUUGAGUGUACUCUUGGAUAACCUAGUCCCUGGAACACCAGAAGAGCGAGGAAUGAUAAAAUGGCAAGGGGUCAAAUCGGCAGACUCGAAAAAUACUGCAAAAAGGCUACUUCGGGUCUACGAUUUACCAUUUGGAAUCGGGAACAGCUGGAAAAUAUCAAAGUAUUUACCAUUUAUGCCUUACCACCCUGAGGAAACAUCAGAAACAGUUGUCACAUUAUCGCUAUCCACUCAAUCAUCACCGAAACCUAAUUUAUAAACCAAGUUAUUUACCCCAAAAAUGAGUUUAUCAGACGAAGCCUGGUUUUCGUACGUCGUUGACAGUCAUGGAAGUGAUUAGAUUGACGGAUUUUGACACUAAUUUAGUCAAACGUUAACCAUCACAAGUUCGACGUAGCCCAGGACCCAAAAAAAAUUUGUAAGCAUUUUCCCAAACCUUAUGACUCUCACGUCUUUCACACACCGCGAUGCCGAUGGGAACAUUCUGCCUAGAGUAUAUCUUACGCUGGGCCCCUUUGCCCCCUAGGCACUUUGCAGGCCUUCAGUAUUUUGCCCUCUGGGAUCCCGUCGUCGGCCUUGAUAAGUUAUCCUCUUUUUAAUUCCGGCAGUAUCGUAAUAACGAAGUAGUUUUUAUUUAGCGGUAUAUUUAGUAAUUUUUAUUUAGUGGUUUAUUUAGUAGUUUUUAUUUAGUACACCGUUUUUCGGUACAUUCGACCAUCGUCGAGUAUACCGUUUUUCGUUUACCGGGUGAUUUAAAUAGUCCUCUUGCAUGACAGUAAUCGUAAACUCAAACUUUCAUUGCAACUUUUAAUAAAUUUACUGCUGUCGUAAAAUUUA